GCCCUCUCUAAUACGUCCGUGCUGUAAUGGCGCCGUAAACUGACCAUGGAUCUGUUAAACUAACUGGAACCGAAAUAUUCACAAAUAAAUUACUCAAAAACAAGUUAAACUUUGCGUUUAAAGGUCAAAUCUGAAGCAUGGCUCACAUCACCAUCAACCAGUACCUCCAGCAGCUGUACGAGGCCAUAGACAACCGCGACGGAGCGUUUUGCGCUCAACUGUUGUCCUUUAAACACCCGCACGUCGCUAACCCUCGACUACAGUUGCAGAGUCCAGAGGAGAAGUGCCAGCAGGUCUUGGAGCCUCCGUACGAUGAGAUGGUGGCGGCGCACCUCAGGUGCUGUUUUGCUGUGGCCAAUCACGACUUUGUAGAGGCCUAUAAGUUCCAGACUCUGGUGGUCCAGUCAUUCUUGAGAGCAUUCCAGUCACACAAAGAAGAAAACUGGGCUCUCCCACUGAUGUUUGCCGUGACCCUUGACCUCCGGAUCUUCGCCAACAAUGCCGAGCAGCAGCUCCAGAGAAAGGGCAAAGGUCAACCUGGGGAGAUGCUGGAGAAAGCAGCAGAACAACUGAUGAGCUGCUUCAGAGUCUGUGCCAGUGACAAUCGGGCUGGUAUUGAUGACUCUAAGAAAUGGGGCAUGAUGUUCCUGAGCAACCAACUGUUUAAGAUCUACUUCAAGAUCAAUAAGCUACCUCUGUGUAAACCUCUGAUCAGAGCCAUCGACAGCUCCAACCUCAGGACGGAGUUCAGCCCCGCCCAGACUGUCACCUACAAGUACUAUGUGGGCCGCAAGGCAAUGUUCGACUCAGACUUCAAACCAGCGGAGGAGUACCUGUCGUACUCGUUUGAUCACUGCCAUCGCUCCAGUCAGAAAAACAAAAGGAUGAUCCUCAUUUACCUGCUGCCCGUCAAGAUGCUGCUGGGCCACAUGCCGACUCUGCAGCUGCUCCGGAAGUACGACCUCAUGCAGUUCUCCGAUGUCACCAAAGGAGUCCGAGAGGGAAACCUGCUGCUGUUGAACGAGGCUCUAUCUAAACAUGAGACGUUUUUUAUUCGCUGUGGAAUCUUCCUCAUUUUAGAAAAACUCAAGAUCAUCACAUACAGGAACCUCUUCAAAAAAGUGUACCUACUGCUGCAGACUCACCAACUUCCCCUGGAGGCGUUCCUGAUUGCUCUGAGGAUGAUGAAAGUGGAAGGAGUAGAUCUGGAUGAAGUGCAGUGCAUCCUCGCCAACCUCAUAUACAUGGGUCACAUUAAAGGAUACAUCUCUCACCAACAUCAGAAAUUGGUAGUGUCCAAACAGAAUCCUUUCCCUGCGCUCUCCACACUCACUUAGACCACACUACCCAUGAUGCUCUGCUCCAGACCACCCCGGGACAGAACCAGGACUAAACCGGGACUAAACCAGGACUAAACUAACCCUUUUUCAUAAAUUGCAUUUUGUAAAAAGUGAAAUAAACUGAUCCUUUUGU